UCACACAGCGUGAAAGUCCGCUUCACGAAAGUUAACAUGUGUACUGUCAUUGAGAGGGCAGCUAUUUUUGGUUUGAUUUCCUUUGUUUUACUUUACCGACUCGGACUUGGAAGGUGGACACCUCAGACAUAACAAGAAAAGAACACAGAAGAGAAGAAUAUCCGGUCAGCUCCCUGCAGAAGUUAAAUGUGAAAAGAGCUAAAGAGGCGUGACUGGCAAGUACAACUUGCACAAUCGUCUUUCUUGAGCUUCCUGGGAUCAUUGCCUCACUCAGAUGGCUUAAGGUGCUUUCAGACCAAAAGCGAAGCGAGCAUUCGGGCGGCGAGUUUACAUACAAAGUCAAUGCAAGGACGCAUAGAGCCGCGAUUUCCUUUCGGGGCGGGGCUGGCGACGCGAAGGCAACGCGAAGGAAUUCAUGAAAUGAUCCAGAAUGACGUCGCACGUGAUGCGACGCCACCGUCAAACAUGGCUGACAAAGAAAACACAAACAUGGAAGUCGAUAAGGAAAAGAAAAAACCCUUUGCUACCAAAGUCGAGCCAGUCUUGGACGAAGUUACUCAAAUAAUAGGCAACCACAACAAUGUCGAAGGCAAGAAACCCGCCGGUAAAAGCCGCGCCACAACGGAAUACUGCGAGAAGCUGCAGGCAUGGAUGUGGCAGUACUACACUGGAUAUGUAAACUGCCAGAGCUGGCUGGCAGUAUCAGCCAUGUCCUACCCUUGUUAUUUACAGCCAGCCAGUGGGACGUCGACGCCACUUCUUGAUAUCAACUCCCAGAACUGGUACAGCAGCCCGUUUGGUCUUCCGAUGUCGCCGUAUCCACAUGUAGGCAACUCCUCAAGCAGCCGGGCAGGUGAAGCAGCUGGCGGGGCUGCAGGGUCCGCUCAGCCGCAGCAGCCGCAGGAGAAUGGAAAUGCACAGAGACCAGGUCGGGAGUAUAGCAUUCCUUCACCUUUUCAAAGAUUCCUGGCUGAAAUGGUGGAUUUCUUCAUAUUGUUUUUCAUCAAAGCAACCAUUAUCAUCAGUAUUAUGCACCUGAGUGGAAUCAAGGAUGUUUCCAAGUUUGCCAUGCAUUUCAUAGUGGAGGAAAUAGAUGAGGACACCUCGAUGGAGGAGCUACAGAAAAUGAUGCUUGUUGCACUUGUGUACCGGAUAUUAGUGUGUUUUUAUGAGAUUGUGUGCAUUUGGGGAGCAGGAGGAGCCACUCCAGGGAAGUUUUUAAUUGGACUCAGAGUUGUUACAUGUGAUUCAUCAGUUCUGGUUCAGCCUAACCGGGUGCUUGUUGUGCCAGCAACCAAUGUCUCUCUGUCUGCAUCAACUGUCCGAGCCUUGAACAAGAACUUUUCAAUUGCCUUCUUUUUUCCGGCCUUCAUCACACUUCUGUUCUUCCAGCACAACAGGACUGUGUAUGAUAUGGUAGCUGGUACAAUUGUUGUCAAGCGCCCCAGGGCCAGAUGACGCAGAAGAACACAGAAAAGAGUCCUACAUUAAUGCUGUUUAUUAUUAUUAUUUUUUUUAAAUGCCUGCAGAACUCAGACACUGUCCUUUCAAGGUAUCGUCAGAACAUGCAGGAGCAUUAUGACGGUUGCAGAAAGUUUGAUACACAUCAGUAUGAACUAAUUCAACUCCCUACAACUUGGGUUUGGUUUGUCCCAGACACAUACUGUAUUUCUGCAUGUACAGUGGGUACGGAAAGUAUUCAGACCCCUUUAAAUUUUUCACUCUUUGUUUCAUUGCUGCCAUUUUCCAAAAAUCUAAAAAGUUCAUUUU